CUAUCUGGCAACAAAUACAAUCUACGCUUGGACAAGCACUGAGGCGAGGAAUCCAUGGGACUAUCGUCCAUUCAGGGGAGGAGGAGUGCAUAAUUCCGCCAGACUCCCGCUGUGAAUCAUGUAUUGGAAAGCCCUCCGGUUAGGUGCUGAUGCCAACGACUCCAAACGGCUAAGCACCUUCAACCAGAGCGCCCAGUCUCGCCAUAGUGAACAUAUACCACGUCCCAACCUAUCCACAUCCGAGCUGCCACCUAGGCGCUCAGAAUCGACUCCCCGCAUCCCCCAGGAAAGUGAGGACAAUGAAGUGCGGCCAGUGACCCCUCAGAAUGGUCAAGAUGCAGUGGAUGGUGAAAAAGUGCCUUUGUCCCCCUCUGCGGCGCAGGCGCAGACGCCGCGAAGGAACCGCUUCAGCCUGAUGAGGUUCCGUCAUGCAUCUGAUCCACAACUGUCCUCUUCUUAUACUCGGGCAGGCGAAGAUGUGCCUCCAGUGCCUCCCAUGCCACCUCCUACGAUUAUUACGACAGCUCCUACGAACCAUACCAUUGAACAACCGACGAAGCGGAAAAACAAGAUCAAACUGCUCCCUCGAUCCAAGAAAGCUUCUUUGGAGGACCUGACUUUUAAGGCAAGCGAGGGGAACCUUGACCGCAAUGCUAGGCCAGCCAAUUCGGGGAGAGGAUCGACGGACUCUCAGAUAGGCAAUUCAGGUCUUGGGGCAUCCAGCACUAACGGAGAAGAGCCCGGUCGAUUGUCAAUCACGUCUCUGCGGAGUGGAGGAGGUCGUGGUCACACCACUGAUUCUAAUCGUUCCUCGACAAUCCAGGAUCCAAGGUUCUCCGAGUCCUCGCAGUCAGAGGCAAGCUCUGGGGAGCCUAAGAUCUAUCGCUCUAGCUCACGGAAUGAUGAUCAGAAUACAUCUGCUGCUAGCAAAUUAUUCCGUCUGCCGCGCAUGAAGAAGUCUCGUGGUCCCCUCUUUCCUCUACCGAUGAAGAUGAACCCUACAGAUUCACCCCAGCAGCGGCCCGGCAAUGGAUCGGACAACGGCAAGCCAACUUCCAAAAAGAAAGACUCUGCAGAGAUUGUUCAAAAAGGCGUCGGUUCAAUUCCUCCCCCUGAGGACCAAAUUACGCCCCUCCCUUCUCCCAGCCACUCAACUGUAGGGUUAUCAUCCCCGCGAUCUGGGGCACCGCCUCUAUUAAGGAACGACUCUACGACCUCUGCACGCUCUGCACAAUCUGCAUCGUCAUUGAAAGGCCAGAAUGGCCGCCCCCGUCGGGGUAGAUCGUCUACGCUGGGCUCCGUAGUAGACGAACAACGCCAGCCACCGACCAAUCUCCCCUCAUCAGGUCGAAAUUCGACGUCCACAAGUGGCCGGAAAAGCUUUGGGGAUCUAUUCAACUUGUCUCAGCGUCUGAGGCAGAAUUCAGAACCUCCUCUUCCUAACAACAGCUCGCCCGCCACUCCCAUAUCAUAUUCCAAACCGGGAUCAUUCUGCUUUACACGCGAUGUCGUCAACUGUCCAGAACGGGAAGAAGGCGAUACACCUGCUACAUACCUCUCUCGGCUGGAGGAAGCAGUGCGCAGAGGUGCGAUAGCUGGUAUUCUAUCGCAGUCCGGUGACGACUUCUACAAGACCGCGUUGCGCCGAUACAUGCGAAGCUUUGCAUUUUUCGGUGAUCCGAUCGACAUGGCUUUGCGUAAGCUUCUGAUGGAGGUGGAAUUGCCGAAGGAAACACAACAGAUCGAUAGAGUGCUCCAGGGAUUUGCCGAUAGAUAUCAUGAGUGCAACCCGGGCAUAUUCGCAUCAACAGCCUACUUCAUUGCGUUUUCGAUUCUGAUACUGCACACAGAUGUGUUCAACAAAAAUAACAAACGCAAAAUGCAGAAGCACGAUUACGUCAAGAAUACUCGUGGUGAAGGUGUAGCGGAUGAGAUCUUGGAAUGUUUCUAUGAUAAUAUUGCCUAUACACCUUUCAUUCAUGUCGAGGAUGAACUCAAUCUCAACGGACGUCAUCUAAAUAAGCCUCGGAGGGGUUUGCUGAAGACCGCCAGUACGGAUCACCUGUCGCGGGUCUCCAGCCAGCCCGUGGAUCCAUAUGCCCUCAUUCUUGAAGGAAAACUCGAUACGCUGAGGCCAACGCUUAAGGACGUGAUGAAUUUGGAAGAUACUUACAGUUGUACUGGGUCUAGCGGCCCACCAAAUAUGGAUAGCCUACAUCAAGCAUUCUCCAAAUCUGCUAUUCUGCAAAUCGUCUCGGCUCGAUCACGCCCAGACGCCUUUAUGACCCCAUCUAGUAUCGGCAACCCAGCCGAUUCUCAUCCUGGCCUUGUGGACAUCAAGGUAGCAAAGGUCGGCCUUCUUUGGCGGAAGGAUCCGAAAAAGAAGAAGACGAGAUCGCCGUGGCAAGAAUGGGGUGCCCUUCUGACUUUCUCCCAGCUUUACUUCUUCAAAGACGUCAACUGGGCGAAAUCCUUGAUUUCGCAAUAUGACGCGCAGAAAGCAGAGGGACGUCGAGGACCUGUUGUCUUCACGCCGCCUCUCGCUGAUUUCAAGCCAGAUGGAAUCAUGUCCACAGAUGAUGCUCUGGCUUUAUUGGAUUCGAGCUAUAAGAAACAUAAGCAUGCGUUUCUUCUAAUCCGGCAUAACGCACUUGAGGAGACGUUCCUGGCAAAUAGCGAAGCAGACAUGAAUGAUUGGGUUGCAAAGCUUAACUACGCUGCAGCUUUGAGAACGACCGGUGUGCGGAUGAAAGGAAUGACUGGCACCAGUUACGAGGGUCAACGUCGUAGAGUCAGUCGUAUGGGAUCAGUCGCAUCGGCCACCUCAGUUCAGUCUGCUGAAGCUGCAGCGGCGCCCGAAUCAACUGCUAGUGCGCAUCUUGCAGAGGAAGUUUCAGCGGCACGUAAGCAGCUGAUGGCUCAAAGGAUCCAGGAGGCCAAUGAGAGAUUAUUCACUUGUCAGAGACAGCUGGACGAUCUCCUGAGAAAUGCUAGACAUUUGCAGGUGUUGACACCCGUCCAUAACAGGGCAAGAGAGAAUGUCAUCCUGGCUGCGGGACGUAUGGCAGCAAAACUAAAAUGGAUGAGGCUGGACAUUUGGCGCACUAAGUGCUACAGAGAAUUUCUCAUCCUCGACAUGGGUGAGGAGAAGGACUAUUUUGGAGCCUGGGGGAAGUUGGAGUUUACGCCUGUGGCUAAUGCUACAGCAGCAACCGAAAGCCAGCCAUCCGCAGCGAAAAGUCCGACUGUCGCUCCUGAUUCCCCAAAGACCGAUACCCACGGUAUCGUCUCACCGUCCUCUCCUGAGAGACCACCGACACCUGACAAUCUAUCUUUGGUGCCCUCGAGAGACCUACGUAGGGCGAGUAUCGGCACAUCGGUUGUUUCGGCGGAGCGGGCUCCCAUCAACAGACAGUCUUCUCUGCCUGGUGCUAAAGACCGAGUCUCGUUACAAGAUUCUAUGACUGGGAAGCUUAAGCGUGAAUCUUCUGUUCAGAGCGGCGGAAGCAGGACAGAUGCUAGUGUCGACGGGGAGGAGCGCAUCCUCAGAGAAGCUGGUCUUCUUCCGGUUGACAGCGCCAGUGGCAUCCCUGAUACCCAGACUCUAGCCAGUGAUGCCGGAGCGGACAAGAGAGAUGGAUCUAUCGGUACAGCUUCUGGCGAGCAUCGUGGUCGCACCCACCGGAGCCUGCAUCGUACCCUCAGGGACUCUCACCAUGGCUCGCAGCACCAAAGGGUCAAGAAAGGACACGAGUCUAGUUCCUCCGUUCCGGUCCCGGACGAGAGUCAUUCUCAAGCAGAGAGUGAGGGGCUAUCCAGGAAAGAACCCAGUUUCACUGUGCAUGGCAAGAAAGCCUCCGUGAUUACAUUUGGGUCUGAGUGGCAGAAUAUGUCACCGGAGGAGCGAUUGAAACUGCGAAAGCCACCGGCUGCAGAUGAGUCGAGAGCUAGCGAUAUACCACUCGCUGAUGGCACAGAAUCGAUGUUUGCUGGGUCCAUGAAUGGCGGGCGACCUAACUCGCUGCGGAGUGCAAGCACUACGACUGCCCGAAGUUUCCGUGCCCAUGAAGAAUCUUCGAAGGAUAUACCAUCGCUCCCUCCGCUAGGAGAGCUUGAGAAAAGAACAUCCACAGCUUUCGAUGAUGGAAUGAAAACAAAGGACACCGCUGCCUCUAUGGAGGCCAUUUCGCCCCUCUCUUCCGCCCCGGAGAGCAAUGAGCGCAACACGCCGUUAAAGAUAGAAAGCAAUGCUUUAUCAGGAGAAGAAACACCAAUCGAUCACAAUAUGUCCCAGGAAAAGCUAUCACCUGGCCCGCAUCAUCAGGCUGUGAGUGCGUAGUGUACUUUUGGGCGUCGUCUUCUACAACCGACUAUUUGCUUUCCUCUCUUCCGCAACGUCAUCCACUCUGAAACCCGCAAUACGUUACGCUGAUACCCAAUAUUCUCUGUUUAAUUUUUCUUAUGUUUCUCGAGCCCGUCGACUUACUCUUGACUAUGGCUCAUCUCUCGCUUUUCGUUGUAC